AUGUACGUGCAUGCAGAGUUUGCAUUUGUCCCAAGAUCUUACGGACUAACACGAGCUGUUGUCUCCCUCCAGGUCAUCCAGGCUGUGUUUUUUGGUAUUUGCGUGCUGACUGAUCUUUCCAGUCUUCUGACUAGAGGAAGUGGGAACCAAGAACAAGAAAGGCAGCUCAAGAAGCUUAUCUCGCUCCGGGACUGGAUGUUAGCCGUACUGGCCUUUCCUGUCGGGGUUUUCGUUGUAGCGGUGUUCUGGAUCAUUUAUGCCUAUGACAGAGAGAUGAUUUACCCGAAGUUGCUUGAUAAUUUUAUCCCAGGGUGGCUGAAUCACGGAAUGCACACAACAGUUUUGCCCUUUAUAUUAAUUGAGAUGAGGACAUCACACCAUGCGUAUCCCAGCAGGAACAGCGGACUCGCCGCCAUAUGUACCUUCUCUGUUGGCUAUAUAUUAUGGGUGUGCUGGGUGCAUCACGUAACUGGGAUGUGGGUGUAUCCUUUCCUGGAACACAUUGGCCCAGGAGCCAGAAUCAUCUUCUUUGGGUCUACAACCAUCUUAAUGAACUUUUUGUACCUGCUGGGAGAAGUUCUGAACAGCUAUAUCUGGGAUACACAGAGAAGUAUGGAAGAAGAGAAAGAGAAGCCUAAAUUGGAAUGAGAGCUAAGUCUAAAUGAAAGAGCUGGAUUGAGCCACCAUUGAGGACUCUUACCCCCUGGGCAUUGGCAAUACAGGAGAGGAAGCAGCAAAGAAAGCAGUGGGAUUCACCUCGGCCUCUCUGCCCCAGAGCGGGGGGCACCUUUAUAGAGAAGCUUAUAUACGAAUAGGAUACAGUUAUUUCCAAAAUAACUUGCCCUCAUUAUGUUUUAAAGAAGACUUUCCAAAGUCAUUACUGAUAAUAACAUCUUUUUUUUUUCCUCUUCUAGUUUUUAAAACUAAAAUUGGUCAUUGGAUUUUAAUUUUUGCAAUUGUGAUUCCAUUUAAUUGAGGAAGAAUACAACUCGGUUGUGUUUCUUGUUGAGAAAUACGUGAAAAUCAAAGGGAUAGAUGUAAAGCAAGGCAUUUGCGUAUUGAGUCCUGCAGGUGGCUGGAUAAGGACCCUGGACCACAGGGCAAGUCUGGAGGAAAUAUGCUGGAUGUUCUGUAUUGCAAUAAUGUCACCAUUGCCUCAAACAGGCAAUGUUAGUAAUAAUCACAUGAAGUUAGUCAAAACCUAAGUGUAUCUGGAUCUCAUGACUUAAUCUUGUGAAACUUUUCAUAUAUGCAAACAAACCUUAAUAAAGACCAAGUAACCCCAA